AUGAAGUUGACACAGUCCUUGAUGGCCGUCUUGGCCGUGGCCACCGGCCCAGUCCUCGUUGUCGCUUCCCCAGUCGGCACAUCCGUCGUCUCUCGUGCUCCUCUCCUCUCAACUCUCUCCGCCUCGGAUCACGAGAUCCCGGAUUCCUACAUCGUCGUCUUCAAGAAGGGAGUCGACACUGAAUCCGUAGAUGCCCAUCACUCCUGGAUUCAGAAGACUCACGCUUCCGCCCUCCAGAAGAGAAGUCAGGUUCCCUUGGGCGGCAAACCAUCUUCCUCUUUCUUGAACACCAUCGUUGAUGACGUUGACACCGUCGUGGGCGGUUUCAAGCACUCUUUCGAUAUCGCCGGUACCUUCAAGGGCUAUUCCGGUUCCUUCGAUCAGGAUACUCUAGAUCUCAUCCGAUCGCACCCUGACGUCGAGUACGUCGAGAAGGAUUCCAAGGUCUGGAUCAACCGCGAUGAACCAUCCGUAGAAAAGGGCUCUCCAUGGGGUCUCGCUCGUAUCUCUCACCGUGAAUCCCUCCACUUCGGUAACUUUAACAAGUACCUCUACUCCACCGACGGAGGUGAAGGUGUCAACGUCUACGUUAUCGACACCGGUACCAACGUCAAGCACGUUGACUUCGAGGGUCGUGCCAACUGGGGCAAGACCAUCCCAGCCAAUGAUGAGGAUCUCGACGGUAACGGCCACGGUACUCACUGCUCCGGUACCAUCGCCGGAAGGAAGUACGGUGUCGCCAAGAAGGCCAGUGUCUAUGCCGUCAAGGUCUUGAAGUCUAACGGAUCCGGUACCAUGUCCGAUGUCGUCAAGGGUGUCGAAUGGGCUGUCACCGACCAUCUCAAGAGAUCCAAGUCCCAGAAGGGCUUCAAGGGUUCCGUCGCCAACAUGUCUCUCGGUGGUGGCAAGUCCACUACUUUGGACAUGGCUGUUAACGCUGCCGUUGACAAUGGUGUCCACUUCGCCGUUGCUGCUGGUAACGACAACGCCGAUGCCUGCAACUAUUCCCCAGCUGCUGCCAACAAGGCCGUCACCGUCGGUGCCUCCACCCUCGCUGAUGCUCGUGCCUACUUCUCCAACCACGGCAAGUGUGUCGAUAUCUUCGCUCCAGGUUUGAACAUCCAGUCCACUUGGAUCGGUUCCAACACCGCCGUCAACACCAUCUCCGGUACUUCUAUGGCUUCUCCACACAUUGCUGGUCUCUUGGCCUACUUUGUAUCCCUCCAACCCGCCAAGGACUCUGCCUUCGCCGUUGGUGAGCUUACCCCAGCCGCCCUCAAGAAGAGCAUGGUCUCCAUAGCUUCCCCUGGCAAGCUCAGAGAUCUCCCCAAGGAGACCGUCAACCUCCUCGCCUUCAAUGGUGGUGGAAGUUCCAACCUCACCGACAUCUUCGGUGACCACAACAAGCACAGCACCGACCUCUCUUCCGAGGAGCCCUCUGGAAAGGUUGACAUCCUCGACCGCAUCGAGGAGUUCGUUGAGGAAGAAGUCAAGGCCAUCUUCGACAAGGCUCGCAAGCUCCAGGCUUAG